CAUGCCAUGGCAGAUGCGCCAGGAAGGGGGACGUACACGGGUACGAUGUAUCUCAUGGAAGACACUACGGGGAAGAGAAGUCUUGAUUGGAUUGAGAAGUGCUGGGCUACUUUGGAAGAAGCUUCAUUCACGAGAGAACUGGACUUAUAUAUGAAAGCACAGGCCAAUAAGCCUCUAUCAUGCAAACCAACUUCGGUUCAGGCGUGGAGCACUGAAGAGAGUCUUUAUCUGACCAUGAAGCCCCCGCAUCCCAUCGGCUGGCGGGCAGCUAUCCACACUCUUCCUAAGGCGAAAGGCAGGAUCUUGGACGCAUAUAACUUACUCUUUGCACACGGAGUUCUGCGCGGAUAUGCUAACUUAGUGGACAUCCUGAUUGGUGACGACGGGAAGGUGAUCAUAGUCACCUUCAUGGAAGCUGCUACGACUGGUCACAGAAGAAUUGGGAUACCCAGCUGCGACAACAGAGACCGCGAGCUCGAGCGCCACUGCGUCUCGACGGUACUGUUAGAUGCCGGGAACAGGCAGGUCGACGAAGAGACAGGCUCCAAGCAGGGCAUUCCCAGGCAGAUAACAAGGAAAGACCUAUAUUUACAGCUCCAAAGGGGUCCAAAGCCUGCGGAUAUGUCCGGGCCCUUCGCUUUCUUUCUGUCAUUUCCUUCCUAUCGAUCCGCCGCGAGGGACACACAGCCUGCGCCUCCAGCACUCUACGCCACACAGACAGGCCUUAUCGAACCUGAGCUGCCUCAGACGAGGAAGGGAGUACGGUUCGGCCACGGCACGAUGGACAAUUACAUCUGGAACUGUGCGAAGGAACACUCCGUCUCUCCUUUACUGCGGCGGGCGGAGAUAAAGAAGACAAAGGAAAGACAGGGGAACAAGAAACAGAGGCGUGCUACCUCGCAAGGGAACAUGCCAGCCAAUUCGCGGCCAUCGCCAUCGACUUCUGAGCUGGACCAUCCAAGCCUUAUAGCUCAGCUCGUCUUCAUCCUCCUUCAACUAGUUCCGGACCAUACCCUCGGACCCUUGCAGACCGUCCUUCCAGCCAAGCAACACUCUACGUUCCACAACUACGAAGUCAAUAUCAGGCGCCACCGAGCAGGACCGAGACGACAUUCGGUAGUCCUGGUCCUUCCCUUACAUACCAAGAGCCACCUCCGGCUCGCGAUUACAUAACUACUAAAGAGGAAGGCGUGCCGCAAGGGGUGUUGACUAUUGUCAUCACCUCGCCGACCGGGCAGCAGCACGUAUGGAGCGCAUCUUCACACGUUCUCAACAACAUUAAUAUGUUCCUGAGUAAGCUGGGAGCGCGACGAUCGAGAGCCGCCCCCCAGGCGGCCCCUAUAGCACAGAAGCGCAAAGCUAAGGACACUGGGAGAGGGCAGUCAGGCUCCAAGCGACGCUCCUCUCAAUUUGAGCCGCGACAAGAACUGAGAAUGCCGAAGAUGGGCGGGGUUUGUCGCCAGCCGGGUCAAGAUGCAGCACAGAACACUAAGGAAAUGGAGCGACAGACUCAAUCGAAGGUUGUAUCUCUUGAAGAGAGAGUUACUGCAGCCCACAAGGUCAGAGUCGGAUCUCACGCGGGGGAAUCCAUCCUGAAACGCAAAGCAGAGGCCAAUAAAUCGGACGGUAGCAAGAAGUUACGGACAAAAGGCUGACACGCCGUGUACAUUCUGUCCAUUUUACAGCGUUGAUCUGUAUUCUCAGCUUAGGCUUCACAUAGAUCGUAAUUUGGAACAUAUACCGUGCAUUGCUGCAUCGCUGUCGGAUCAGCUCUUAAAUAUCCGCGGGAGAUUUUGCCCUCAUGAAAGUUGCAUGGCGCCAUGGCAUAAAGUGCAGAGAAAGUGAUACAACAGACUGGUGCAGGAAAGCAAGGAUGACACAAGGGCAGAGCUUUCACCGGUAACUGGGAGCGUACAUAUCAGGAAAAUGCCGA